AUGGGUUCAUACUCUAAGGCCAACAUUGUCCACAAGCCACCAAGACUCUCAAUGGGAAGUCUCCAAAGAACCAUACCUGACAUCUCAGCUGAACUAAGCAGCAGCAUCAGCAGCAAUGAAGCCAUUGACGAUGACAUUCAUCUUCCAACUAUAUCUGAGGUUGAGGAUGCCAAGUGUGAGUGCUGUGGCAUGUCCGAGGAGUGCACGAACGAGUACAUAGAUAGUGUGCGCAGCCAGUUUUCGGGGAAGUUAAUUUGUGGGUUGUGUGCUGAGGCUGUGAAGGAAGAGAUGCACAAGAAUGGAGGCAAACGAGAAGCGGCUGUGAAUCAGCAUAUGAGUUCUUGUGAAAAGUUCAAUAGGCUUGGUAGGGCAUACCCCGUUUUGUACCAAGCUGAGGCCAUCAGAGAGAUUUUCCAAAAGAGUUCAAGAAUUAGGGCAAAAUCCAUGAGUCCUAGAGAUGAGAGUGUUCGAAAGAGUAACGGGGGUAUUGCAAGGAGCUCUAGUUGUAUUUCCGUAAGAGUUAAUUAG